CUACUUACAAAGAUUCAAUCUUUUUUAUUUAUUAGAGAUACCCAUUUAAUGAAAACUUCAAUUUUUGCAUGAGCGGAGUAAAUUCAACAAGCAUUUAGCAUUUGUUCUUUUCUUUGGUUCUUCACAUUAGUCAGUAAAUUUUUUUUUUUUUGUGGUUUAGUUUCUUGUGUGUGUGAAAAUAGGAAAGAAAAAAACUUAGCAUUUGUCAGCAAGACAUAACCACUAUUGUACUAGAAAGUCUGAAACUAUCAAUAUUAUUACUCUGGAAACAAAAACAGCUUUGGUCAAAGUGAAGAAAAAGGGGGAAAUGGCAGGGGCUGGUUCAAUGCCAUCUAUGCCGCCACCCCGCCCAAAAUCACCACCUCAGUAUCCAGAUUUGUAUGGAAAGCGUCGAGAAUUUGCUAAAGUUCAAAUGCUUGAAAGAGAAAUUGGCUUUCUUGAGGAAGAACUGAAAUCCAUUGAAGGUCUUCAUCCCGCUUCUCGAUCCUGUAAAGAGGUUACAGAAUUUGUAUUGGAACAUUCAGAUCCUCUUAUACCGACAAUAAAGAAGACUCGUAGAUCCCGUUGCUUCUGGAAAUGGCUCUGUCGUGAAAUAUGUGCUCGAGAGAUGUUUUCAAGCCUUGUAAUCUCAGCUCUGAUGAAGUGUGUUAUUUUUUCAUCAAGGAAGAUAACAAUUAAGAGUGGCUCUUCAUGUUUCAAUCUCUCGUGGAUUUGUUGCUGGUGCCGAUGUCCUAGUAUGAAGAUGCCUAACUGCUGCUGUAACUGCAAUUUAUGUAACUGCUGCCCAUCUAUCAGUUGCUCAAUACCUAAGUGUUGUUGUCAAUGUUUCUCCUGUCCACGGUCUAAAUGCUGCCGCAAGCCUGUCUGCAAAUGGAGUUGCUGUAGCUUAAAAUGUCCUUCUUGCUUUAGCUGCUCCUCUUGUAGUAACCCAUGUACAUGUACAUGUUCAUGUUCUUAUCCUAGAUGUCCAAAGUUAAAUUGUACUUCUUGUUGUAAAAAGUGCUGCUGCUUCUGCCCUUGCUACUUAUGUUAGUAGUCAUCAUAAUACUAUAUCAUGCAAUAAUAUUCCUAUAUCAAAACUGCCUCUAUAAAAUUGUGAAUAUAUUUGUUUUGAAGUUU